UUCACGUUUCAUUAUUUCAUUUUCGUGUAGUCUGAUCGAAUAUGGCGGGUGCAAUGUUGUUUGAGAGAUCUAUGUCACAACAAAGUAGGGAAGAUUUGAGCAAAAUUCCUCAAGAUGAUCCAAAUGAAGACACCAAUGAAGAACAUAUACGUGCCAAAGAACAGGGAAUUCUACAGUUGGGAGAAAAGUACAAAAAUGAAGGUAAAGCUAAAGAACUUGCAGACCUAAUAAAACAAACUCGACCUUUUCUAAGCAUGAUAAGUAAAGCAAAAGCUGCUAAGUUGGUUCGUUCGCUGGUAGACUUUUUCCUUGAUUUAGAGGCUGGUAUUGGAAUUGAAGUACAGCUUUGUAAAGAAUGUAUUGAAUGGGCUAAAGAGGAAAGGAGAACUUUCCUGAGGCAAUCUCUGGAAGCUAGAUUAAUUGCUCUUUAUUUUGAUACUGGUAUGUUUACUGAAGCUCUACAGCUUGGUUCAACCUUACUCAAAGAGUUGAAGAAGUUAGAUGACAAGAAUUUAUUAGUUGAAGUCCUGCUUUUGGAAAGUAAAACCUAUCAUGCUUUGAGCAAUCUUUCAAAAGCCCGUGCAGCUCUUACCUCUGCUCGAACAACGGCUAAUUCUAUUUACUGCCCACCUAAAAUGCAAGCAGCACUGGAUCUUCAAUCAGGCAUUCUUCAUGCUGCAGAUGAACAAGACUUUAAAACAGCUUAUUCAUACUUCUAUGAAGCUUUUGAAGGAUAUGACAGUAUAGAAUCCCCUAAAGCACUGACUGCACUGAAGUACAUGUUAUUGUCUAAGAUCAUGUUAAAUACACCUGAAGAUGUCCAGCAGAUUGUCAGUGGAAAACUGGCCUUGAAAUACGCAGGAAAAGAUAUUGAAGCAAUGAAGAGUGUCGCUCAAGCAAGCCACAAAAGGUCACUCGCAGAUUUUCAACAGACCUUGAAAAACUUCAAAAAAGAACUUGAAGAGGACGUAAUUGUUAGAGCACACUUGGGAACGCUGUACGACAACAUGUUGGAGCAGAAUCUAUGCCGAAUCAUUGAACCGUACUCUCGUGUGCAAGUAGAUUUUGUCUCUCAGUCUAUUAAACUUCCAAAACUCCAAGUAGAGAAGAAGCUUUCACAAAUGAUUUUAGAUAAGAAGUUCCAUGGAAUUCUUGAUCAAGGUGAGGGAGUGCUGAUUGUUUUUGAAGAAACUGUAGUGGACAAAACCUAUGAAAUGGCAUUAGAAACCAUAAAUAGCAUGGGAAAAGUUGUGGACACUUUGUACCAAAAAGCAAAAAAGUUAUCAUAAGUUUUGUUGGCAGUGUAUAGAUUUUUUUUAUUUUGUAAGGUUUGGACUUUCAUUUAAAAAUUUUUCUUAACCAUUUAACAGGCUUUAAGGUAAGGUACGUAAGUUGUAAAUUAAUGGUGUUAAAAAUACACUUCUAACUUAUUGCGUAUAUAUCUUUUUGUGUCUACAGUUCAUUUCAAACUAAUGCCCUUUCUUAAUUUUCCACUGUAAGUAAUGAUUUUUCAUUAGAUCUAUAAAUAUAUUAAUUGGUAUGAUUAACUGUUAAGAGAAUAUUUUCCUUUCAUAAGUUGUUUUUGUCACAACUAUACUAAUAAUCAAUUAAUAAAUGUCGUUAAGUUUAAUCAUUUGUAUUCCGACAAAGUUAUUCAUGUUAGUAAAACUAGAUCCAAAAAAGUGAAAAUUGAAAUGUAUUAGUCUAAUUUAAUUUGCAUUUGCAUUACAAGUUACUGCCAGGCCAUCAGUAACGUUUUGUAAACAAGUUUCUGUGGGUAGUCUUUGAUAAUGUGUUUUCAUUUGUAAAAGUGUUGAUAGGCUACCUGUUAUCUUAAUUUACACAAACCAUAACCUAUCUAAUAUUUUCUUGUUUUAGAUCAAGUUGAUUUUGAUGUAUACAUCGAAUAUGGUCACUACAUGAUAUUUUUGUGCAAUUGUUUAAUUUUUUUAGAGAAUAAUGAAAUAUGAUAAUAUAAAUCUGUACUGUUGUAAUGUUUUUGUAUAUAAUAAAUCCAAAUAGUUUGCA